UUAGUGUCCGAUCCUUAACUACAAGUGAAAUCCAUUGAUGUUUUGAAGCUUAACAACCAUUCACAAGCUCAGAGCGAUAAUGUCGAACCAGAAGUUGACCAGAGGAAAAUACAGUUGGUAAUUCUAUAACAGUCCCUGAAAGUUGUUUUAAUUCAAAAAAUUGAGGCGCGGAACGUUAUUUUGGUCGACCUUGAAUGUGUGUAAUCUGCUUUGGCAAUUGAAUUUAGUUCUGAAUGAAUCAUCCUGAAUCAUCUUCCAUCAUGAAUGGCCAGUUUAUUUUAGUGAUUGGACCCGGUUUAAGUGACAAUCUAGUGAAAGAUUUAACGGAGCGUGAUAUAGCUUUCAAACUAGCUACACAUGAUGAAGUUUUUGAUGAUAAUCCCACUUGUCAACACCUUUAUGUGGUUCAUGAUUUUGAUGGCUCUUAUUUUACCAAACUAAGGGAAGCUAAAAAGUUUAUCUAUGGAAUCACUGCGCUUAAACAAACUCUCUUUGGCUCUGAAAUCAUGACAUUACCUAAACAUCCUCUUCACAACUUUUCAAUGUCUAAAGUUUGCAUGGCAAUGAGCAAAGUUACGGAUCGUUAUAUUGCUAAACGUCAUCUUGACUUGGUUCAUUUCAUGGGUGGAUCUUGUCGUAAAAUGAUCGAAAGUAAAGUUAAAUUCCUUGUUGCAUACGGAUCUGGAGGUGAUAAGUAUCGGACUGCGAGCAAUACUGAUAUACCCAUCAUGAGUCCUGCGUGGAUAGAUUAUUGCUGGGAACAACGUUUUGUUGUCAAUUUUGAUGCUACUGAUUUAGAAAUAGUUGAAAAGUUCCGACUGAAACCUUUCGAAUUUCUCUAUCUAGCUUUUGUAAAAUUUCCUGCAGAUGAGUUGAAAAAAAUGGAGGAGCUCACUGUUUGUAAUGGUGGUAGUUUUGUGCAACCAGAAGAUCCAAGAUGUACUCAUAUAGUUGUUUAUGCCAUAUCUGGAGAGCAAGACCCGGAUUUAGUUUUAGAACCAACCAAUGAAUUUGUGAAAGUUGUGUACGAAGAAUGGUUUUGGACAUCACUUCAGAUACGACUGAGAGCUGAAGAAUCUGCCACAGAUCAUGCUUAUCCAUGGACAGAUAACCGAUUGUCGUUGGCAGAAAGGACGUUUAGGAUGUCACAAAGUGUUCUUAGUCCAAAUCUUGACUACACCAGGGCUGAUAUCUCGGAAAUGUCGGUAUCAGAUGCAGUGGCAACUCCAAAAGCUCAUAAAUCAAAGCGACGACUAAUUUGUGAAGAAUUAAUAGAAACAGAGGAAAAUUAUAUACAAAUAUUGGAAGCUCUUGUCAAUGAGAUUCAAAGAGAGAUUGCCAACUCAAAACUACUCGAUGAAGGCCAAGUUCGAAUAAUUUUCGGCAAAUUACCAGAGAUUUUGAAAUCUCACCAGCAGAUGUGUUGUGAUUUAAAGUUAAUUACUGCCAAUUGGAGAGAAACAAAUGCCAUCGCAGCUAUAAGCAAGGUUUUUAUUGAAUAUGCACCGAAACUUUUAGAAAAAUAUCCAUCAUAUGUGAAUUCACUCGACUCCGGAAGGGAAAUCAUCGAAAAAUCGCGUAAAGAUGAACGUUUCUUUGCUCUUCUUAAAAAAUGUGAAAGUAGACCAGAGUGUAAAAGAGCUAGUUUAACUGAUUUGUUGUCACGUCCAUUCCAAAGACUUUUCCACGUUCGCAAUUUGCUUCAAAGACUUAUGGAUGAUCUUAAAGAAUCUUCACCCGACUCCGAACAGCUUUCCUUAGCUCUUGAAGAAAUGGAUAAAACUCUACAAGCCAUCAAUGAAAAGAAAAGAACCACUGAAAGUCAUCUUGCACAGUUCGCCGAAUUGAGUAAAAUCAAAGAUUUGCCUCUUGAAUUGAUUUCCGCUACAAAUAGAAUAAAUGGACAAGUGAAUGCUCGUAAAUUACGACUCAUCGAUGGUAAAUUAGUGCCUUGUUCCAGUAUGCUUCUAACUUUAUUCUUAUUAAAUGACGUUUUAGAGAUAUGUAAAAGAAGAUCGGUUAAACGCUCUCCAUCAUUUUCACGAUCAUCGCUCGCUGGUAGAUCAAGUGUACAGCGAUCAGGUUCAUAUUCGGGAUCAAGAGACGAUCUUCGUAAACCAUUCAGACACAUUGGAAAGGUUGAAUACAGUGCCAUUAAAGCAAUAGAAAGCUUUAAAACAUGUCCAGGUUAUGAGAGUCUCUUCAUAUUAAUAUUACGACCUCAAGACAGUGUUGACAAAGAAGAUUCAGGUGCAUUCAGAUAUUUACCUUUUUGGGUCGAAGACGAAAACCAAGGUCAGACCAAAACUUGUGAUAAUUUCAUAAAUCUUCUUGCAAAGAGGCUUUAUGAAAGUGGCCAAAGUUCAAGAGACACUGUACUAAAAAGAGGCAGCCCGCCAAGCGUGGACUUACGUUAUUCUGAGAAAUUUUUUUCCGCCUCAUCUCGGUGUAAAUCGAAAACAAUGUCAUUCCGAUUUGCAAAGCGUUUCAAAAUGGAAUCCAUGAAAGGCACAAUCUCACCUCUUGUCACCAAACAAUCUUAGCUGCUAAAUAUACUUAAACCACAAAAUUGUCCACCUCUGAAGUUGUCCAUUUACUUUUAACCGGGAUAGUUUUUUGACUAAUUAAAUUUCAUUCCAGUUUAAUUAAUCAUAACGAACUUAAUUUAAUUUCUGUUCGUAAUCAGAAAACUCCAGAGAUUGAUUUUUUCAUCAUAAAUUGAGUAUUUUUUUGAAUAUUGGACAGAAAUUGAGAGUAAUGAAGCCAAGCUGUUCGUUGUAUAGAGAAAUUAAACCAAGAAUGGUCAACUUCAGAGGUUUCAAGUGUACAUGAUAUUACCUGGUUAUUAAGGAACAUAAUCAACCUUAGUAAUAAAUGUAACACCAAAUAUCCCUUGCAUGACCAAAAUUAUGUUACCUUUUUUUCGUAUUUCCUUUCAUCUUUGUCAUUGAGUGUUUCUUUUUUCUAUCACAACUUUUUACAAUAUUUAUAUAUUUACCAUAGGCUCUUACAACCUUUAUAUAUUUAUUUUAACCUUAAUACCCUUUAUACUGAGCGAAAUGAGGAUUAACCAUGACCUGUUAACAUUGAUGGAUUUUUUUCACCAGAGCAAAAAUUUAAAUUCCCAGCCUUCAAUUGAUUGGUGAUUCAAUUUGCUCUUAAUAUCUUCUUUUUUUAGAAAAAAAAGAGAAAGAGAAAACUAAUCAUGUUUUCAUCAAUUGUUCAUCAUAUCCCAUCAAGCACUCUAUGUCAAUCAAUUUAAUCAUUUUGCUACAUCACAUUGGUAUUUUUGUCACCCGUAAUAUUUUCCCGGACGAUCUUUUUUUUGUAUUUUUUGUUUGUUGGUUAUGAAGAAAAAUGAAUCAUAAUUUAGUCUACAAUUUUGCCGGCUCCAUUCAACUGAUGGGAAAAUCAUUUAAUCAUUCAAUGAUGUGUUUAUACACAAUUAUCAACUCAACAUUGUCUUUGGAUGAAGUCAUUUACCAUUGAACUGUGAAAGAAAAGUUCAUUCAGAUUUAUUCUCAGUUAUGAUUACUAUCAAAAAAUAAGUGUGUCGAGAUAAUGUCACUGGAUUAAUGUCCUGAUUACAACACCUGUAAUGAUUAGUUGCUCAUGAUAAGCAGUUAUUUUUAUAAUAUUGCAAGUAAAGUCUUUAGUCUUUA